AUGACACCAGGAAAAGAAGAGAACACGAGGGAGCUGAUUAAGGGCAUUACCUCUGAAACUGAACUUCCAGAAAUGGACUUUCAGUACUUCAAAACUGUAGAGAAAGAGAAGGUUGCAAGGCAGAGAAAGAGAAUUGCGGUGUCACAUCAGCAGAUUUAUAACCCGAUUGCUCCUGUCCCUGGGCGACCUCGGGUUGUACCGGCCUCUCGGUUAAUUGCGACACGUGUAGUCAAUGAGAAGUCGGUGUACGACCCUAGUGACGAUAGACGUAGGGAACCUCCAACUAACACAAGGAGUCCACCUGGUGUCCGACCUGGCCCAGCCCACCAACCAGUUUAUCAGCCGGUACCAGUACCACCCUAUUAUCCACCAAAUCCACCUCAUUAUCCACCAGUUCCACGUCCGCCACCCUAUUAUCCACCAAAUCCACCUCCACCACCCUAUUAUCCACCAAAUCCACCUCCGCCACCUAUCAACUGGGACGCUGUUAUUCACGAGGCUAUAAAACGAACAGACGAUGAGGACGCUACCAUGAGGCGGCGAUUAGACACAGGUGAUGACAAAUAUGGCCACCACUUCACCAAUCCCGAUCCAUUGCUGUUCUCGGAGAGUCCGGAAAAUGCCGAAGGAUUCUCAAGGCCGAGCAGAGUCAUCAACUGGAUUUCACGAAAAAUCAAGCAGCAGUAUCCCGGAUAUACUCUGAAUCACGUGAUGUCCCACCCAGUUGCCCAUCGGCAUGGAGUCAGCUGCCCGUUCAGACCCCCACAAAACUGUGCUUCUAGACAGAGAUACAGAACUGUUGACGGGAGCUGCAAUAACCUACGUAACCCGCUCUGGGGAGCGGCCUUCACGCCUUUUACCCGUACCCUGCCUGCUGUGUACGAACAUCGCAAUGGGCGUGAUGAUUUUCCACGAAGUCGCUCGGUUACUGGUGAGCCGCUGCCCAACCCCCGUAUCAUCAGCACUCGGUUCCACGAGGGUGCCCCGAUCGGCGAUGACUCCAUAUACUCUAUGCUUAUUACAAUAUAUGGACAGUUCCUGGCACAUGACAUCACCGACAGAGCUCCCAGCAAAGGGUCACGCGAGCAGCUGAACCAGGCUUCCUCUUUCAUUGACGGCGGUGCAGUGUACGGAGCCACGAAGAACAAGUCUGACAGCCUCAGGCGAUUCAAGGGAGGUUUACUGAUGAUGUCUGUUCCCCAGCAACUACCCAUAAUACCUCACCCUAACGCCCAUGCUACCAUGCAGGGCUUUGCUUUCUACGCCGCAGGUGAUAACCGGGUAAACGAGUUCAUCGGAUUAAUAGCCAUGGAGACAGUAUGGAUUAGAGAACAUAAUCGGAUUGCGAAGGUUCUGGCGAGGAGGCACCGUAACUGGGAUGACGAGAGAUUGUAUCAAGAGACCAGGAGAAUCAUCAUCGCGAUAAUACAACAUAUCACAUUCUCCGAGUAUCUGCCAGCUAUCCUAGGUCCUGACCUCAUCCGCAAGUACGAACUGAGACAUCUUAUUAGUGGGCACUACACGGGCUAUGAUGCCAACCAUGACCCCAGUCUUGCCAACUCUUUCGCAACGACAGCCAUGAGAUUCGGUCACAGUAUGCUACAAACCACCUACCGGUUGUUGAACCGACAAAACAAUGACAAUGGUUACACGCCAAUAGAUCUGAAAGACACGUUUUUCAGACCACAGACGUUCCUUCUUCACGAAGAUCCGUUAAUGCGCGGUAUGACCGCCCAUCCCAGCAAGAAAUGUGACCGUAUCUUGUCCAGCAGCGUGAUAAACAAUCUGUACGAGACUGAUGAAGGCACUGGGUCGGAUUUGGCAGCCAGUAACAUUCAGAGAGAGCGGGAUCACGGACUGCAGUCAUACGUUGAGUGGAGAAGACAUUUCGGAUUAUCUGUGCCCAAGAGGUUUGACACGUCUUCAGAAGGGUUCUCUGACCACACAGAAGACACAGUGAGGAGGCUGAGCAGAUUAUACAAGGGACGUGAGAGAUGUGGAUCUCUUUUACGGCUUGGGGUGUCAGAAAUCCCUGUACAUCACGGGGCAGUGGGACCCACAUUCGGCAACAUUAUAGGGAAACAGUUCAAGGCGUUGAAAGGAGACAGAUAUUGGUAUGAAACUAGCGAAAGACCACAAGCAUUUACUCUAGUUCAACUCCGUGAGAUCAAGAAAGUGACGAUUGCUUAUUUGCUGUGCAAGACAUACAAUUUUGAUAGAAUACAAAGACGAGCGUUUUUUAAUCCAGAUCAGAAUACGAACAAUCUUGUGCCCUGUUCAUCGAUAACAUCGUUAAACCUUGACGUCUUCUAAGUGUUCAGAACCAUUGAGUACAAGGACGAUGUUUAAUGCUUUCAUGGUUUUGGGCACCAGGUGUGCGAAAUAUCCUAGGCGUUUAGUGAACAACGGAAAAACGAACUCGAACAGCCAUAACAACAAAGAUGACAGCACAAGGCUUAAUAACUGAUAUGUCCUGGCUGAGAUCUUCACCAUUCGUCAAGCUCGUUUACGCUGUGGUGUCACGCAAGAAUCAGCCUAUUUUUAUUCAAUA